AUGUCUCUUGAGGCCGUGGAUGCUGACAUCCGCGCUGCUUUUGAGCUCCAUCGCUCUCGUAUUCUGCAACUAAAACAAAACUGUCUUGCCAAACUCUUUGAGAUUCUCGAAGUAUCGCCUGAUACCACUGACCCAGAGGAGCUCGAGCUCGUGUGGUAUGAAGAAUGGGCUGGCAGUGGACGCCUUCCCAACACUAUAAAGAGCGGCAGCGACUUCAAGCAUCUGAUCGACGACGACGGCACAAAACCUCCUCUGCCACAAGAGCAGCGACUGCAGAUAUUCACAGAGAUUGAAGCGAUGCUGAAGGAUCGCGCAAUCCUGGAAACAGAUCCUUUGACGCUUCCCGAGGACUUCAAGCAACUUUGCGCUCUCACAGAGUCAUUGACAGGACCAGGGAUAGGAAACACGAAUUGUGGAAUCCCGCAUGCGUUUGAUGGGGCCUCUGGGCCUCUGGCAUCGCUUAAGUUUCCUCUGGAGCAGGAGUACUUGGUAAACGCUGUAGGUCUUUGGUGCUUGGAUUACGAGACCUCUGUGAUGUUGACCAUGGGUGAUGUGCACAGCUGUGCCGGUGGCGGUACCUGGCUCUGUUGGUGCAAACACGACUGCUCGGAUGACUGGAAAUGGAGAUGGGUUACUCGACAUGGGUAUGAGCAACCACCUUACAUUUAUGAAGAUGUCAGAGAUCUAUUGGAGCGGUAUUGGAAGACGUAUCUGAACGUUCUUCAAGCCGUCUACGGUGAAGAUAUGGGUCAAGAUGGUUUAUAG